GAAAAAAAAACUCUCGAUGCAUCGGAAUGGUAAAACGAGAAUGCGCAUGGAGGACCCUGGUAGGAUGUGGAGUAGUUGAAGUUGAUGAAGAGAUUUUUGGCUAUAACACUUGCAUUUAAACUUCACGUAAAUGAAAGGGUAAUCAGGUCUCCAUUGGACCUGGGGCAGGUCAGAUUUACUGACUGAUGGAAAUAGAGAAGAGGAAAAGGGGGAAAUCUCUUCACUGAAGCAGAAGCGCCAUGCACUGACGGAGCUACAUUCAGUGCUCCUUUUUUUCGGAUGAAAUGUAGUUUAUCGCCGUUUGGUUGACCAUGUAGUAAGUGUUUGUGCUUGCAUGUAGUAUGAUAUUGAGUCCGAUAUGUCUAAUGUGACGCCGAGUAAAAGCGUGGAAUGGCUGCAACUCGAGUUAGAGUCCGGAGGCACUUCUCUGCUCUUGCUGGAUUGCCGUUCACAUGAGCUUUACGAAUCAUCCCACAUAGAGACCGCCAUAAACCUGGCCAUACCGGGGCUGAUGCUCAGGAGGUUCAAAAAAGGCAACAUACCUAUCCGGACUAUCAUCCCCAACCAUGAGGAUAAAGAGAAGUUCAUAAGACGGUGUAAAACGGACACGGUCGUCCUGUACGAUGAGUGCACCAUGGACUGCCAGGACAGUGGAGCCUCGGUUUUGGGUCUACUUCUUCAAAAACUAUUGGAAGACGGGUGCAAAGCGUUUUACCUGGAAGGUGGAUUUGUAAAGUUCCACACAGUGUACCCAGAGCACUGUGAGACCCUAAUAGACAGCUCAUGUCCCAGUUCCUCUCCUCCGCCGCCUGUCCUGGGUUUUGGAAAUCUCCGGAUCAGCUCAGAUUGUUCCGAUGGGGAAUCGGAUCGAGAGCCGAGCAGUGCCACAGAGUCUGAGGAGAGCCCCAUCCCCAGCAAUCAGCCUGCAUUCCCCGUCCAGAUCCUACCCUACCUUUACCUGGGCUGCGCCAAAGACUCCACCAACCUGGACGUGCUGGGCCAGUACAACAUCAAGUACAUCCUGAACGUCACACCCAAUCUCCCCAACAUGUUUGAGCAUGACGGCCACUUCAGGUACAAACAGAUCCCCAUUUCGGACCACUGGAGUCAGAACCUGUCUCAGUUCUUCCCGGAAGCUAUAACAUUUAUAGAUGAGGCUCGGUCUAAGCAGUGUGGCAUCCUGGUCCACUGCCUUGCUGGCAUCAGUCGCUCAGUCACAGUCACCGUGGCCUACCUGAUGCAGAGACUCAACCUCUCUCUCAACGACGCUUAUGACUUUGUCAAGAGGAAGAAGUCCAACAUUUCCCCGAACUUCAACUUCAUGGGUCAGCUUCUGGACUUUGAGAGGACGCUGGGGCUGCACAGUCCCUGUGAUAACCGUUCCACCAGCGAGGAGCAGCUCUUCUUCACCACACCUACCAAUCACAAUGUCUUCCAGCUGGACACACUGGAGUCCACAUGAGGAUCGAUUGGAUAGCCUUUGUGUCAUUUCCUGGUGUCCCUGAGGGUUUUCUGAGCCUGUCAAAUGCCAAACUAACUGACACAAGCAGUAAGUCCGUUACAGUAUUUCUGCACCAAAAGGAACUGCAUUGAUUUGUUAAAGGAACAGAGUCCGUAUUGUAGAAAACGUGAUCCAUUAUAGCCUGCCUGCCUUAAUUUCUAACCCAAGGAUGACUUUUGUUAUCCACCAUACCUGGCAUUAAUCAAUGGUCAUGUACGACCACAAUAGCAGGAUAUUUCAUAACUUUUCUAUUAAAUCUAGAAUUGUUGUUUGACUGUUAGUUGUUAUUCACCAGUUGUAAAACAGCUGUAAUGUAUUUCUCUGUAUACAUUGUGAUCAUUACCUUGGUGGUCUAAAAAAAAGUCUGGCCAAUCAGAAUGUUUUCUGGGCUCCAAUCCAAGAUGUUUUUGAUGGUACUCUUACUAAGGGCAAAAAGCUACUACAGUGAUCCGGCCUUAAAUUAUUGUCCAGUUUUUCUUCUGAUGACUGUCUGCAGCUCACUUGCUUACCACAGAAAGCAGAUUUUCGUGUGCUAUCACUCGGAUUACCUUCACUAAUGUCUGGUUAGCACCAUGAUGUUAAACAGUUAUUCUUUAAAGCAACACCAAACAUUCUUUUGUACCUUAAAAUAAUGUUUCCAAAAUCAUUUCAGUGGUUCAUCAACUCGUAACAUGGUGAACGGCACUUAUGCAUUCUCUUUGCGGCUCUCUACCAGCUAUAACCGUACUAUGCAAGUUUGCCAGAUCGGAUAGCGGUCCUGUAGUUCCAAUGAGACAAUUCUGCGUCCAACCAGUAGGGGGACUGAAGAGGAAAAGUGCGUUGGUGUUGCUUCAAAUACAAGAUUGACUGGCAACUUUUUGUGAAAAUAUCAAAGUGAAAAUAUUAUUCUCCAGAAACACUCCUGUACAUUUUAUUGCUUAUAACUGCAUUAUUUGCAUGUGAUUAUGUUCUACCAAGGACCUUGUUUUGUAACCUUUAGGUUAUAUUUCCUGUUGUUGUUGAGGCCUUGACUGUAACUUAACAUGGAAUUGAACUAUUUGUCAGUUAACAGGUUGAGGUAUACUGUAUAGGACUGGCUUUUGCCACAAUGGAAAGGAACAAAUUUGUAAGUAAUCGGUGUAUAAAAGAAUGGAUGUUCACAUUAUAUUUUCCUCCAACAGUCUUCAGUCUGCAGCUACUCCUUCGGUGGCACAGUGAUGUAUAAUUAGCUGUUCUCUAUUGCCAGUCUCGUCUCAGAACAAAUGAGUGAGUUUGAUGUAUGACAGGGACGUAAAGGAAAGGAAUUUGACAAAUGUGUUCUUACCUCAGAGAGACAUUUUCAGGGAUUUUUAUACAAGUCAUCUGUAUCUCGUCAUGGCCUCUUAAAGUGCAUCGAAGGGCUGUUUCGAUUGGUAUGUUUGUAAAGAUGUACACAAAAUGUGGUCGUAAUGGGGGACAUUUUUGUAAAAUCAUGAAGGAUGUGAAAGUGACCCUAUGUUGACCCUUAUGUAUAGUAUAUGUAAAGCUCAAUGUCCGAGACAUUCUGUAGAAGUUCAUACAGCAAAUAUAUUGUAUAUUUUUACUUGAA